AAGGAACCCGUCCACCGAGCGUCGACGAUGAGGGGGAGGAGUGUCGGAGUGAGGCUGUGUGGGGGCCGCUGCGCCUCGGUCCCGCGCCCGUCCCCGACCGUCUGAACGACCGCUCCGUUCGCGGAGAGAGAAGACGGGGUGGUGGGGUGAGGAAGGAGUAUCGUGUGGGGGGGGGUGGGGGGUGGAGGGGAUGGGUGGGAGGACAGGAAAGGCCCAAGGCCGGACGGAACACAGAGGAGCGGAGAGAUGUUCGAGAGGAAGCCGUGCCCGCCAUUCAAGAGGAAAGUAGCGGCCGUGGCGACAACGAAACAUCCGACGCCCUCUGAGUCUCCGGGGAAGCUUCCUCCGCUACUCGUUUCCCGAGGGCUUCCUGCUGGCAAACGCACCCAGGGAAAAGAUAUCGGAAAACUCGUGCGCCACAGUCCACGCAAGUAGACGAUAGACAGCGCUAUCACCAUCUCCCGACAGACUGGUGCGAGAGGAUUGAGUUGGGCCUCUCUCUAUCACUCCCGCAGAGCAAACUCCCCCUUCCAAGUUUCCACAACGAUGUCGGCCAUUUUGUAAGCCGCCAGCUUGGAGAUUGGCGAUUUGCCGGUGACUCCCUCGAGAGGAGAGACUCAGCGGACCACGCACAAAAAGCCGGGAGAUUUAUAAUCGGCCGAAAUCCGGGACCAUCCCUCUGCCCACUGCGUGGAUUACAAAAUUGUUUCAGCACCUUUCCCCCCCCCCUUUGCGACUGGGAAAAGCUCCUUGGCUGUUGCUCGAGAUAUCUCCAUUUCUGUGCGUAAUGUGCUGGGGAUGGCCAGACUAGCCAUCAAGAUACAGCGUUACUUCCGGCGCCGGCCCUUGCGACUCUUCACCUUCUUCCUGGUCUACCUCAUGGCGGGCAGCCUGGUCUUCCUCCACCCGGGCUUUGUGGGGGACAGCCCUGUGGCCGGGAGGUCCCCGCGCCCGGGGGAAGUUGGGGCACACGGUGGCGGGAGCGGAGGACCACCGCCCGGCGGAGGACCACCGCCCGGCGGCGGAGCCCUCCAGCGUUUCUCCUUCCUGCCCUUCGGCAGGGCCUACAAGGAAGGCCCGGAAAAGGAGCAGUGGUCGGGGGAAGUGGCUGCCGGGCCCAGGAGGUACGGGCCCCCCUGGAUGAAACCCGCCCCUAAGACGGACUCCGUGGACAAGCUCCGAGCCGGAGAGCACGUCGGCAGUUGGAGCCGGGCGCUGAAGGGGAAGAUGUCAAGAGAUCAGGAGGAGAACAGAGCGAAGUAUAUUGGCUGUUAUCUGGACAGCAACAAGCAGCGGGCGUUGAGAGGAACGGCCUUCUUCGACUACAGGAAGAUGACCAUAUUCCGUUGUCAGGACAACUGCGCUGAGAGGGGCUAUCAAUACGCGGGCCUGGAGUUUGGAGCCGAGUGUUACUGUGGCCACAGGAUCCAGACUGUGAACACCAGCGACACAGAGUGCAGCAUGGAGUGUAAAGGGGAGAAGACCAGCACGUGUGGCGGCCCCAACCGUCUGUCCGUCUACCGUCUGGAGCUGGCGCGUGAAUCCGCCCGCCGUUAUGGGAGUGCCUUGUUCCGAGGAUGUUUCAAACGACCCGACAAUGUCUCUCUCGCCCUGCACGCCACAACCGUCCUCCUCAACAUGUCCGUGGAUAGGUGCGUGGACCACUGCACCGAGAAGGAUUACACCCUGGCGGUGUUGGGCGGAUCGACCUGCCGCUGCGGGUUCCCAACCAGGCACUUCACCUUGCAUGAGCCGGAGGAUGAGCACCUCUGCGCGCACAAAUGCGCCGGCGAAGAGUAUGAACAGUGCGGGAGUGCGGAGUACUACGUGGUCUAUCAGACCCAGGUGCAAGAUAACCGGUGCUUGGAUCGAAGGUUUCUGCCGGUGCGUUCGAAGCGCCUGGUGGCGCUGGCCAGCUUUCCGGGAGCUGGGAACACUUGGGGCCGGCAUCUGAUGGAACUCACCACGGGAUACUACACCGGCAGCUACUACUUCGAUGGCUCCCUCUACAACAAAGGCUUCAAGGGGGAACGGGACCACUGGAAGAGCGGCCGCCUGCUCUGCAUCAAGACGCACGAGAGCGGCAAGAAGGAAAUAGAGGCGUUCGACGCCGCCAUCCUGCUCAUACGAAACCCUUACAAAGCGCUGAUGGCCGAAUUCAACCGCAAAUACGGAGGUCACAUUGGCUUCGCCUCAGAAGCCCACUGGAAAGGCAGAGAACCAAGACACCAGGACCUUCAGUGGCGGCAGCAGGAGCCUCAGCAGCAGUGGGAGCCUCAGCAGCAGCAGGAGCCUCAGCAGCAGCAGGAGCCUCAGCAGCAGCGGGAGCCUCAGCAGCAGCGGGAGCCUCAGCAGCAGCAGGAGCCUCAGCAGCAGCGGGAGCCUCAGCAGCAGUGGGAGCCUCAGCAGCAGCAGGAGCCUCAGCAGCAGCGGGAGACUCGGCAGCAGCAGGAGCCUCGGCAGCAGCAGGAGCCUCGGCGGCAGUGGGGACAUUUUGUGGUGCAUGUGCUGCGGUUGGCCGCGAAGCCAAUGUAUUGCCAAGGUCCCCAGGGUAAUAGCACGAGAUUGCUGAUCGUUGUGAAGGUGGCGUUUGUGGCUUCAUGCAAUUUCACGGCAGCAACUGUUCCCAAUGUAACCCGGCUCUUUAGAGAUUGCAAGCCAUCCCGGAGGACUGAUUGGCAAUAA